ACCUUUUAUAUAAGAGAUUGAUCCAUUACUUGCUCUCUCUCUCUCUCUCUCCAGUCUCCAGCGCUCUGAAAAUAUGUUGAAAAGAUUCGGUGUACCAUUGACCCGUGUGCUGUCGAUUCGUUCACUUGCUGGACGAUCGGAGGAACGCAAACCCUUCACCCGUGUGCUCUCGGUUCGUUCAUUGAACUCCGGCGGCAAUGGCGAAUCGGAGGAACCCAACAACAACGGAGGCUCCCAGAAAAGCGAUCGUUCAUUUGCUGGACGAUCGGAGGAACGCAAACCCUUCACUCGCGUGCUGUCGGUUCGUUCAUUGAACUCGGGCGGCAAUGGCGAAUCGGAGGAACCCAACAGCAACGGAGGCUCAAGCGAUCCUUCUUGGGCAUUCUCUUUGCAACACCAUCUCGAUAGUUUGUUGAAUGAGUGUAAGGAGUGGGAAGACAAUCGCGGCAGAGCUAAGCAGAAGGUGAUUACUCAGUAUGAGGAGUUGAGAGUCUGGGCUGAGAUCCCGUCUCUGGAGCGCUAUGUCGAGUUUCUGAAAGAGGAUACGCUUUACUGGAGGGACACUGGGGACUAUCUGGACGCUGAAAAAUCAGGCUAUGAACAGCGUACUCGUUUGGUACGAGCAGAAUGGUACCCAACCUGAUCAGCACAGAGUAAGGGAUUACAUCGAAGACACCUUGUUCCGGGAACUUAACUUGACCCUAAGUCAAUCUGUCUCUCACUGGAAACAACAAGCCGAGUUCUGGGUUGGGUGGGCUCGCUCACUUGGCGUAGAAACGGGCAAGGGAACAGAUGCUGACUUGGACUUCAACAUUUCAAAAAUUUCUCGAGACGUUAAAGAUAUCAUGAAAAAGGUUCUUGUUUGGUCUGAAGAUAAUCAUAGAGCUUUUAUCGAUGAUAUCAGCUACGAGAUUCGUAAGACCCAGAAAGAAGCGCUUGUUCACUGGUAUCAUGAAAUUACUAAGUGGGAUUCGUAUUCUGACAAUUAUAAAUCUGCUCUAGAGCAAAUCGUUGACCGGUGCUGAUGGUGAUGGUGAUGGUGAUGGUGUUGGUGUUGGUGUUGCUGGCAGAUGGAGGAGUGCUGCUUCAAUAAACGUUUCAAGUCUUUUUUUUUCUCAAUAAUAUGUGCUAUGUUUUCAUCGUUCCACUCUAGAACAAUAUCAUAUCAUUUACUUUGUCUUUGCACAAGACUUAAGGUUUUUAUGAUAACUUCAUUUUGCACAUCA